GCCGCAGCGGAACGGAGGCGGAGGAGAUGGCGUCCCAGCCGCAGCCCCCUCCGAAACCCUGGGAGACCCGCCGGAUUCCGGGGGCCGGGCCGGGGCCAGGACCCGGCCCCGCUUUUCAAUCUGCUGAUUUGGGUCCUACUUUAUUGACAAGACCUGGACAACCAACACUUACCAGAGUGCCCCCGCCUAUUCUUCCAAGGCCAUCACAGCAGACAGGAAGUAGCAGUGUGAACACUUUCAGACCUGCUUACAGCUCAUUUUCUUCAGGAUAUGGUGCCUAUGGAAAUUCAUUUUAUGGAAGCUAUAGCCCUUAUAGUUUUGGAUAUAAUGGGUUAAACUAUAAUCGCCUCCGUGUAGAUGAUCUUCCGCCUAGUAGAUUUGUUCAGCAAGCUGAAGAAAGCAGCAGAGGUGCAUUUCAGUCCAUUGAAAGUAUCGUGCAUGCAUUUGCCUCUGUCAGUAUGAUGAUGGAUGCUACCUUUUCAGCUGUGUAUAACAGUUUUAGGGCUGUAUUGGAUGUAGCGAAUCAUUUUUCCCGAUUAAAAAUACACUUCACAAAGGUUUUAUCAGCUUUUGCAUUAGUUCGGACUAUAAGGUAUCUUUACAGACGGUUACAGUGGAUGAUUGGUUUAAGAAGAGGCUCUGAGAAUGAAGACCUAUGGGCAGAAAGUGAAGGAACUGUGGCUUGCCUUGGUGCUGAUGACAGAGCAGCUAACUCAGCAAAAUCUUGGCCAAUAUUCUUAUUCUUUGCUGUUAUCCUUGGUGGUCCUUACCUCAUCUGGAAACUGCUGUCUACCCAGAGUGAUGAAGUAACGGACAACACCAACUGGGCCAGUGGUGAGGAUGACCACGUAGUUGCUAGAGCAGAAUAUGAUUUUGCUGCUCUAUCUGAAGAAGAAAUUUCUUUCCGUGCUGGUGAUAUGCUAAACUUAGCUCUCAAAGAACAACAACCCAGAGUGCGUGGUUGGCUUCUGGCUAGUCUUGAUGGUCAAACAACAGGACUUAUACCUGCUAAUUAUGUCAAAAUUCUUGGUAAAAGAAGAGGUAGAAAAACACUGGAAUCCAUUAAAAUUUCCAAGCAGCAACAAUCUAUGACCAACACAACACUAAUUAAAGGGGCCACAGCGGCUGAUUCUUUGGAUGAACAGGAAGCUGCCUUUGAAUCUGUUUUUGUUGAAACUAGUAAGGUUCCAGUUAUACCUGAUUCCACUGGGAAAAGUGGAGAUAAACAAGAUCUUUGAUAUCUUUCAUGUAUGCCUGCAGUUGAACUAUAGAAUACUUUUAAAAAAUUACUUCUUGUAAAGAAAUUAUUCUACAAUCCAACGAAAACAUUUAUUGCUAUUCCAGGUGUUUUGCUGCUAGAAAUUGUUAAAGUUGUACACUAGUAUGUUGGUCUAGUGACCUGGUUACAUUUAUAAGUUAUUGGACUACAAAGAUGUUUGUUUCACCUGAUUUUAAGAUUAUGGAAACUGUAUCAUUUUCAUCUUAUUUUAAACCCCAUGUUUAUUGCCUAGCCUGAUGGUUCAAUUGGUUGGAGCACAGUCCCGUACACACCAAAAAGGUUUCGUGUUCAAUUUCCUGGUCAGGGCACAUAUUGAGGUUGCAGCUUUGAUCCCUAUUUGGGCCACGUAUGGGAGGCAACUGAUUGAUGUUUCUCUCUCUCUCUCUCUCUCUCUCACUCUCACUCUUUCUCUUCUAAAAUCAAUAAACAUAUCCUCAGGUGAGGAUUAAAAAAAAGAAGUCAAACCCUAUGUUUACUGAAGGAGUAAGAAUGAUGAACUACAGAAUAUACUGUUUGCUACAGUAGGGAUUAUUAAUGUUUUUAAAAAUUCUUCAUUAAUUGUCUUGGGAUCCUCAGAAGUUGAGUGCUAACAUAUGAGAACAAGAAGAAAGGCUAAUUUUUUUUUUUUUUACAACUUUAAUUAUAUUGAAUAAUAAACAUUUUCUGAUCUGUAUUACACUCAGUCUUGGGUUUGUUUUAGGCAGUAAUAUGUUUUUGCCCACUAACAAUUGAUACUAUUAUCUUUUAUUGUAUAUUUAAGAAUUUAUCUUGAAAAGGUUGCUAGAAGCAUUCUGAAGGAGAUGGUUCUGGAGUAUAUUUAGCCCUAAUAGUUUUCCCUGCUACUAAAAAGGUCGACAUUGAUCUUUCUUACAGUUUAUUUCCAUUUCUUCUGAGGAACAAAACAUUUUUUCCUUUACGAUAUGAUUAGUUUUCAUCCUGAAUGAAUCAGGAUAUAGGAGAGAUUUACUUUCUUUUUCUCCGACCAAGACUCAAGUUCUUGGAGUUUGUGCAUAAUGAUAUAAUCAAUUCUAGCAGUAAUGAUUUAAAAUCUUUUCAUAGAUUCUCUGCUUCUAACUAAUAUAAUUACUUUUUAAGAGUCCAUAUUCAAGCUGUUCAUUGAAAAUACACAUUUUUUUAGGUUUAGUUUUUACUACUUGAGACUAUAAAUGAAAUUCUGAAUUGCCAUUUAGCAUAUGAUAAUGCUAUUUGACUUUUUUGUUUAAUAAUGACAUUAACUACAGUUAAAUUUCAGUACACUGAAUAUUUACACACAAAAUUGGAAAAUUUGUAUACUUGCUGUGAUCAUACUACAAAAUAAUACUGUCAGAAAUCCAGGUGUACAAGAAUAUAUUCACAAGUAUUGUUGAAAACCUGCAAUUUUUUUGGUAAAGAUUUUUAUUUGGUAUUUUUAUCUUUUUAUAGACUCUAUGUUAACCAAAUAAGUAAUUCUAGAACAUUUCAGACUGAAAAACAUAUAGGAACCAAAUAUAUACUCAGCAUAGAACUUUACGAAAGACUAUUUAGGAACCUCUCUUUUGAUAUGACAGUAUAAGUAGCAUAUAAUUUAAAAUACAAAUAUUGACCCUGUGCAGAAAAAAGUAAUGAGAUAGCAAAAUGUAAUCUUAAAUCUGUAUUUCUAAUACCCAGGUAUUACAUAGUCUUCAAAGUUUCUUGUAUAUUAUUUUCCAUUUUUGUUCUACAAUUUGAGUUCUGUUUUGUUUUGUUGUAGUGUCAUUUUUAGAAAUUUUUUUCUUGAAACAAAUUUUUGAUGAAACAAAUUAUUAAAUUUGGUGUUGAGACAUCUGAAUUGAAUGCUAUAAGUGAAGUAUAGAGGUGAAAUGUUGAGUCAGUCUAUAUUUAGGUUAGAAAAGGUGAGUUAGACUUUGUGACUGGUAUUAAAGAUGUAUAGGGAGAAGAAUAUAGCAAACAAGAAUAAUUUCACUUAGGGUGUUUACUUUUUAGUUAAGUAUGCUAAAUUGUGAUAUAUGUUAUCUGACUGGUAACUAUUUGUGUCUGAAAAUUCCUUUUCUAUUAAAAUUCUAGAAAAGGAAUUUAGGGAUAGAAUAAGAAAUUUUGUAAUAUUUUUAUGACAGUUUUAGUAUACUUUUUUUAGAUGAUAUUAAAUGUAAUGUUCAAGACUUCAAUAUUGUUAUUUUGAGGAACUUAUUUAAGGAAUACUGCUUUGCAGAAAUUACUAAAACCAAAACAUUUUCAAUUAAAUAGCAUAAUAAAUCACAAGUUACAGUAAGAAAACAGGUUUUAUUUACAAGUUUUCUCUUAUUUUGUCAGUUUAGAAAGGAAUAGGUAAGAAGGUGGUAAAUUUUCAUGUUUUAACAUUUUAUUUAUGUACUUGAUUUAGUCUUUCAAUGUCAUAAUUUUUCAUUUACUUGACUAUAGCCAUCCUUCAUCUUGUGCUUUCUUUAAUGGAAAAAACAAAAAUUGAA